GCUUGACAUAACCUAUAAAGAGAUCAAAAUGCACUUUAAGAAGACCGUAAAAAUGUGCUAGCACAUUUCGACUCUAAGAACGCAGAAAUAGGAUGGUCCUACAUAACAUGAGCAGUAAUUUCAUUAAAACUGUCAGCAAUGCGUGUGUCAGGCAGAAGGAACGGAAUGGCAACAAAUGCGUUCAGAGGUUAUACAUGGCACUUCCACGGCUCACACCACAAGAGGUCACCACUAUUCUACAAUCCAAUGAGUAUACUAGAGAAUUUAAUGGGCAAAGUUCCAUAAAGUAUUACGACUCUAAUCAAUUGGCAUCUAAUAAUCCUAUAGAGGAUGCUCGAUCAGAGGCCCAAUGCUUACUUACUAAAGGAAUUUUAUUGGGUGUGUUUGAUGGUCAUGGAGGCAACAUGUGUGCCCAGGCAAUAUCAAAAAGACUUUUUCAUUAUAUAUCAGCUUGCUUGUUACCUAGGACAUUAGUCAAACAAUAUCUAAAUGCUGUUAAUUCGAAUAAUAAGUUAGAACUUCUUCAAAUGUUCAAUGGAAAAACUGACCCUCUUUUCAAGAAUAAAGAUCUUCAUCAAAAGAAUUUCUUAACUUUUGUCAAAGAUCUUGCAAAAACGGAAUGCACAACAGAAUUUCAGAUGGAAAAAGCUUUAGAAAAUGCGUUUGUCAGGUUAGAUAAUGAUUUGUCGAAUGAAGCAGUGUCAACCUUAGGUACAAAGAAUACAGUAGAGAGCCUUGAAGCUGCAACAAGUGGUGCUGUAGCUGUUGUUGCACACAUAGAUGGUCCUCAUCUUCAUGUUGCUGGAGUAGGUGAUUGUCAAGCGGUACUUGGGACACUUUCGGAAGACGACGGUUGGUCUGCAAAGUUGAUGACUGUGGAACACAAUACCGAUAACCGUGCGGAAGUUGAACGAAUUUUAUCGGAACACCCAGCGAAUGAAAAAUCGACUGUAAUUAAAAUGGAACGACUUCUUGGUCAAUUGGCACCUCUUCGUUCUCUAGGCGAUUUUCAGUACAAGUGGAGUAAACAAAUUUUGCAACAGGUAGUUCCAUACAUCGGCGAAGUCAUGAUACCACCGAAUUAUCAUACACCACCAUACUUAACGGCGAAACCGGAAGUUAAAUAUCAUAGAUUAACGCCUAGAGACAAAUUUCUUAUAAUAGCCAGUGAUGGCCUGUGGGACUUAAUUUCACCUUUACAAGCAGUUCGUUUAGUGGGUGAACAUAUGAGCGGAAAAAUAACGUUAAGUCCAUUGCGAUUACCUUGUAAAAAUAUGAAGUUGUCCGAUAUAAAUAAUAUGUUAUUGCAACGUAAAGAAGGGUUAAAAAAGAAACCUCUUGAUAGUAACGCGGCAACGCACCUACUGAGGCAUGCGCUCGGUGGAACAGAUUACGGUAUAGAUCAUGGAAAAUUGUCUCGAUUAUUAACGCUGCCCAACCCUGUAGUACGGAUAUUUCGUGAUGAUAUCACGAUAACAGUGGUUUAUAUGGAUUCUGAGUUUUUAAGGCAUUGUCCUCCUUGAAAGCAUGAAAAAGCCCUAUUAUUUUUCU